CGUGUGAUACUAUUUUGUAAAUGGUACUUGGUGUUAGUAGUGUUAUUUGUUUUUACCCCGACUAUUUAUAUAUAUAAUCGGUGAAUGUUAUGAUUAAAUUUAUUAAAAAUGGGUUUAACAAAACAAUAUUUAAGAUAUGCCGCAGCAGGAACCUUUAAUAUAAUAGCAAGUCCACAAUGUAAUCAUGCAUUUAUUACGUACAAUCAUCAAGAAGGUAGAUAUGUGGCUGUUGGAGCAGCCCAACAUGUCUUCAUAUGGGAUAUGAAACUAGCUGAGAAGGUACAAGUUUUUAAUGGAGAUCAUGCAGCUGCAUCUUGCAUCGUGUUUGUAUCAAGUACAAACCAUUUAGCUGUUGGCUAUUCCGAUGGACUACUCAAAAUCUUUGAUUUGAAUUCAGGGGAAGUUGUGAAUAAUUUUAGUGGACAUAGAAAUCAAAUAACUGCUAUUGGUUUUGAUUCCGAAGGACAUAGGAUAGCAUCUGGUGCAAAAGACAAUGAGAUAAUAAUUUGGGAUAGUGUUGCUGAUGCUGGAGUAUGUAGAUUAUCAGGCCAUAAAGAUCAAAUCACUCAAAUAAUCUUCAUGCGUAAACGUAAUAAUAAAUAUGUAAAUGUAUUAAUAAGUGCAUCCAAAGACACUUUUAUUAAGUUUUGGGAUCUACAAACCAAUCAUUGUUUUCAAACAUUAACAGCUCAUAAAACUGAGGUAUGGGAUAUUUCAUUACUAAAAAAUGAACAGUAUUUGGUAAGUGGAUGUAGUGAUGCAGAACUACGAGUCUGGCAAUUAAAAUUGAAUGACGAUGAUGUUGGCAUUGGACAACAAGAAGGCACAGAUAUAAAUACUAAUGAUGAUUUGCCUGUUAAUUGUAGCUACGUUGGCUCAAUUUUGCGCGCAGGCAAGGGCCGUGUUGUAUCAUUGAGAAGUGAUUCAAACGGACAAAUACUAGCUACACACGGUUUGGAUCACCAAAUAGAAUUGUUUAUGUUCUGUGACGAUCAACAAGUUCAAACUAGAGUGAAGAAACGUUUAAAGAAAGAACGUAGUGCAGAUCAACAAUCAAUUCAACAAACAACGUCAACAGAACAGAUCACCUUAAAAGAUCAAGUUCGUAGACUGAAAUCUGUAAAAUUAAUGGAAAAAGCAAAAUCAGUGGGUGUAAUAUUAGGUGCAGGUGGAGAGAUACGAAUUUCAACAGUUUUAAAUAAGAAUAGUGUGGCUUUGUACAGUUAUAGUUCUUUGAAUCAACAUGUAGAUGCUGAACCCAAAUGUUUGCGACAAAUUGGUGGACAUCACGGACAUCAAACAGAAAUCAGAAGUGUAGACUUUAGCUCAGAUGAUUUAGCCAUGUUGUCGGGGAGUGGUGAUUCCAUCAAAGUAUGGAAUCAAACAUCACAAACAUGUUUACGAACUGUUUACACGCAAGAUUAUGUUUUAUGUGUGUGUUUUGUGCCUGGUGAUCGACAUGCUCUGAUUGGAUUAAAAAAUGGACAUCUACUUAUCAUUGAUAUAUCUGUGGGUGAUAUUUUAGAAGAUAUUCCAGCGCAUGACAAAGAAUUAUGGUCAAUAUGUGUCACUCCAGAUUUGAGAGGUUGUGUGACUGGGGCUGGUGAUUGCACUUUAAAAUUUUGGAAUUAUCAAUUAAUAGAUGAUGAAGAGAGCUGUAACAAAACUAACACUAAAGUGCUUUCAUUGUUACACACAAAAACAUUAAAAUUGGAAGAAACUGUUUUAGCCAUCAAAAUGUCAUCAAAUAAUAAAUUUAUUGCAGUAGCUUUAUUGGAUUCAACAGUUAAAAUAUUUUUUAUAGAUACAUUAAAGUUUUAUCUUACAUUAUAUGGACAUAAAUUACCAAUUCUAUGUAUGGACAUAUCGUAUGAUUCAAAUAUAAUUGUAAGUGGAUCAGCUGAUAGAAAUGUUAAAAUAUGGGGUCUGGACUUUGGUGAUUGUCAUAAAUCUUUGUUUGCUCAUAAUGAUUCAGUUACUGCUGUUCAAUUCAUCAACAAUACACAUUACUUCUUUACAUCAAGUCGGGAUGGGUCUAUUAAACAAUGGGAUGCUGAUUCAUAUCAACAAAUUACAACAUUAUUGGGUCAUAUUGGACAAGUUAACGCAUUAACCAUUAGUCCAAACGGUAAAUAUGUAUUAUCAUGUGGAUCUGAUUUCACGUUACGAUUAUGGGAACGUACAGACGAGAUGAUUGUAUUAGAAGAAGAACAUCAACUCCAAGAACAAGAACAAUUAGCAACAGGCGAUGAUACUAUUGUACCUGGAAAAGGACAAGUUAUUCUCGCUACUAAGAAAACAAUUGGUUCUGAAAAAGGGGCUGAAUUAAUAAUGGAAUGUUUACAAAUAUCAUUGGAUUAUAAACAACAAUUAGAAUCAUCGCCAGGAACAACAAUAGCAAUACCACCAAUGAUGCAAGCGUUCAAUGUACUUGAAAACAAUGUACACGAUUUUAUUGUAGCAGUUUUUAAAAGUAUACGAUCUAGUGAUUUAGAAGAAUCUCUACUGUUGUUACCAUUCACGAACGUGUGCCAAUUAUUAGAAUUACUAGCAACUGGCGGUAAAACUUGUAACAAUGAUAUCGAACUUGUAAUGCGAAUCAUCAGUGUACUUGUUAGAAUUCAUUCAAAUGCCAUACAAAGUAGUUCAAAAUUAAUUCAAACAUUAAAAAGCUUACAUAAAAAUUUAUUUAUGGCUGCACAUAAUUAUCGAGAUACUAUUGCAUACAAUAUGCAUAAUUUAUGGUACCUUCAAAGAGAGCUGGAGCAAGCUGAAGGUGUACAAUUAUUUAGAAAUGCAACAAAUCAAUUGAAUGAAAAAAAUUCAAAAACUAAAAGACAACGAAGAAAGCAAAGGAUAUUAAUUACUUAGUUUAAUUCAAUAAAAUGUUUGUUUGGUAUAUGUAUA